AUGACCGGCAUAAGCCCGCAUGUGAUUACCCAUGUCCUAAAUGUUAACCCAGACAUGCCGCCAAUACAACAGAAGCGGCAUCCCCUUGAUCCGGUAAAAGCGGACGCCCUGGAAAAGGAAGUAGACAAGCUACUGACUAACCGCCUAAUCCGGGAUGUGUACUACUCGGAAUGGCUGGCUAAUCCGGUAUUGGUGCCAAAGCCGAAUGGGACAUGGUGGGUAUGUAUAGACUUCACUGACCUCAACAAGGCCUACCCAAAAGACUGCUUCCCUUUACCUCGGAUCGACCAGAUGGUAGAUGCCACCUCUGGGUUCAAGCUACUGUCUUUCAUGGACGCCUACUCCGAAUACAACCAGAUUAAGAUGCACAUUGUAGAUAAAGAAAUGCUUCGAAGUAGUCCGGAGGUAUGGAAUGAAACUCAGCCCAAAGAAAUGCACUUUAGGAGUCAAGUCAGGGAAAUUUUUGGGAUUCAUCGUCAACCAAAGGGGAUAGAGGAAAACCCUGAAAAAAUUCAAGCUUUAUUAAACAUGCCUUCCCCCAAGAAGCACAAAGAUGUGCAAAGCUUGACCGGAAAGAAUGCGAGGAGGCAUUUAGAAAAAUUGAAAGAGCACAUGGCUAAACCGCCAAUUCUAUCAAAGUCGGUUCACAGAGAAGACUUGUUAUUGUACUUAGCCGUCUUCGAGAACGCUGUCAGUGUAGCCCUAGUCCGGGAAGAGGACAAAGUCCAACAUCCUGUGUACUACGUUAGCAAGCGCAUGAUAGGGGCUGAGAUACGGUAUCGGUUGAUUGAGAAGUUAGUUUUCUGCCUCCUGAUGGCUUCAAGAAAGGUGAGACCCUACUUCCAAGCUCACCCCAUCAAGGUACCAACAAACCACCCGCUUCGACAAGUCUUGCAGAAGCCGGAAGCGUCAGGAAGGCUCCUCAAAUGGGCCAUGGAAUUGAGCCAGUUUGAUAUACACUACGUACCACGCAUUUCCAUAAAAGGACAUGCCUUAGCAGACUUCAUAACAGAGUGUAAUGAAGCAGAAGCCAGUUCAAGCGUGCCAGUACCGCGAACCCCAGCGUGGAAAGUGUUCGUUGACGGGGCAUCAAACGAAAACAGAUCCAGUGCUGGAAUAGCAAUGAUAUCGCUAGACGGACUCCGGCUCCAGGUGGCCCUACAUUUUUCAUUCCCAGCCUCUAACAACGAAGCUGAAUAUGAAGCCCUGAUUCCAAGUUUAAAGUUAGCAAAAGCCGUGGGGGCCGCCAAGGUAGAAAUCUUCAGUGAUUCGCAGCUGGUGGUUAAUCAAGUCUCGGGAGAAUAUCAAACGCAUGGAGAGAAAAUGGCAGCGUACGUAGCUAUUGUUCGAGAACUGCUCCAUGAGUUCACGUAA